AUGUUCUUCAACAAGGGUGAGUCAUUAGCCAAUUAUAUUGCUUACUGUAACGCUGUUUUCAGAAGAUAUUGAUUGGUUCAAGCCGGUUGAACUCUACGCAGAUAACGGUCACAGAGGUCAUAUCAAAGACUCCAUCGGUACCCAUGGUCUAAUGAAAUGUGUCUUCAAUUUACCCUUGGGCAAACAGGACGCCGUAAAGAUGAACUUAUUCAAGAGAGUCUUCCUCGAUGGACAUUCACCCCUCAUUUUAUUCAGAAGAAGUCAGUAUCACCAAUUGUAG